ACAAGAUUUCUUCCCAGAAAAAUCAUUCCAAAAUUGGGGAACUUAUCAUGACGCACUAUCCCAGACAGAUCUCCGUUUCAAGGACCGUCUUGUAGCCUGAUCGGAUGAGACCAGCGAGGUUUUUGAGCACCAAAAACAAAGCGAAAACAAGAUGAAACGGUGUUUGAAUUCGUGGGACCUUACUUGGGUCGGCUUCGGCGCCAGCAUUGGCGCAGGCAUCUUUGUGCUCACAAGCCAAGAAGCCCAUUAUGAUGCCGGGCCUGCUAUCGUCGUAUCCUAUCUUGCUGCUGGUUUUUCGACCAUGGUUGGUGUUUUCAUCUACAUGGAAUUCGCUGUAGAAAUUCCUGUAGCCGGUGGUUCAUUUGCUUUUCUGAGAGUCGAACUGGGAGAUUUUGCAGCAUUUAUGGCAGCUGCUAACUUACUUCUCGACCAAAUGCUUGGAAAUGCAACAGUUGCUAAAGCUUGGACUUCUUACUUGACAACUCUUCUCAACCGUCCACCCAACUCGCUUCUUAUCCAUACAAAUCUUAAACAAGGAUACAACCUCUUGGACCCAAUUGCCAUUACAGUUAUAACAAUCACAUCGGCAAUCGCCAUCACUAGCACAAAGAAAACCUCACUCCCCAAUUGGAUUGCAUCCGCAGUAAACAGGGUUGUGAUACUUUUUGUUAUAAUUGCAGGUUUAGCUCAUGCCAAAACCUCGAAUCUUACUCUCUUUAUGCCUUUUGGCGUAAAAGGGGUAUUCCAAGGGGCAGCCUUUUCGCAUGGAGGAUUCAACGCUAUAGCAACACUGGCAGAAGAAACGAAAAAGCCAUCAAGAGACAUACCGGUAGAGUUGCUUGGGUCGAUGUCGGUCACCAUCGUCAUAUAUUGUUUGAUGGCACUUUCACUGAGUAUGAUGCAAAAAUUUACCGAAAAUCAGGGUCAUUACAUCUACUCUGUUGCAUUUGAGAGCGUAUGGAUGAAUUGGGCAAAGUAUUUUGUAGCAUUCGGUGCUCCUAAGGGAAUGAUCACCGUUCUUCUUAUGGCGACGCUUCAACAGAGUCGAUACUGUUGGGAAAAACUACCUAAAACACCACGAAUAUUUUUCCCACCUUGUGCAAAUAGUGAAUAG